AUGGCGUCUUCCGUGGGCAACGUGGCCGACAGCACAGAACCAACGAAACGUAUGCUUUCCUUCCAAGGGUUAGCUGAGUUGGCACAUCGAGAAUAUCAGGCAGGAGAUUUUGAGGCAGCAGAGAGACACUGCAUGCAGCUCUGGAGACAAGAGCCAGACAAUACUGGUGUGCUUUUAUUACUUUCAUCUAUACACUUCCAGUGUCGAAGGCUGGACAGAUCUGCUCACUUUAGCACUCUGGCAAUUAAACAGAACCCCCUUCUGGCAGAAGCCUAUUCGAAUUUGGGGAAUGUGUACAAGGAAAGAGGGCAGUUGCAGGAAGCAAUUGAGCAUUACCGGCAUGCAUUACGUCUCAAACCAGAUUUCAUCGAUGGUUACAUUAACCUGGCAGCCGCAUUGGUAGCAGCAGGUGACAUGGAAGGGGCAGUACAAGCUUACGUCUCUGCUCUUCAGUACAAUCCUGAUUUGUACUGUGUUCGCAGUGACCUGGGGAACCUGCUCAAAGCCCUGGGUCGCUUGGAAGAAGCCAAGGCAUGUUAUUUGAAAGCAAUUGAGACGCAACCGAACUUUGCAGUAGCUUGGAGUAAUCUUGGCUGUGUUUUCAAUGCACAAGGAGAGAUUUGGCUUGCAAUUCAUCAUUUUGAAAAGGCUGUUACCCUUGACCCCAAUUUUCUGGAUGCUUAUAUCAACUUAGGAAAUGUCUUGAAAGAGGCACGGAUAUUUGACAGAGCUGUGGCAGCUUACCUUCGUGCCCUAAGCUUGAGUCCAAAUCAUGCGGUGGUGCACGGCAACCUGGCUUGUGUAUACUAUGAGCAAGGCCUGAUAGAUCUGGCAAUAGACACCUACAGGCGAGCUAUUGAACUGCAACCACAUUUUCCUGAUGCUUACUGCAACCUAGCCAAUGCUCUCAAAGAGAAGGGCAGUGUUGCUGAAGCAGAAGAUUGUUACAAUACAGCUCUCCGGCUGUGUCCCACCCAUGCAGACUCUCUGAAUAACCUAGCCAAUAUCAAACGAGAACAGGGAAAUAUUGAAGAGGCUGUUCGCUUAUAUCGGAAAGCUUUGGAAGUCUUCCCAGAGUUUGCUGCUGCCCAUUCCAAUUUAGCAAGCGUAUUGCAGCAGCAGGGAAAACUUCAGGAAGCUCUGAUGCAUUAUAAGGAGGCUAUUCGAAUUAGUCCUACCUUUGCUGAUGCCUACUCUAACAUGGGAAACACUCUAAAGGAGAUGCAGGAUGUUCAGGGAGCCUUGCAGUGUUAUACUCGUGCCAUUCAGAUUAACCCUGCAUUUGCAGAUGCCCACAGCAAUUUGGCUUCCAUUCAUAAGGAUUCAGGGAAUAUUCCAGAAGCAAUAGCUUCUUACCGCACUGCUCUGAAACUGAAGCCUGAUUUUCCUGAUGCUUAUUGUAACUUGGCUCAUUGCCUACAGAUUGUUUGUGAUUGGACAGACUAUGAUGAGCGAAUGAAGAAGUUGGUCAGUAUUGUGGCUGACCAGUUAGAGAAGAAUAGGUUGCCAUCUGUGCAUCCUCAUCAUAGUAUGUUAUAUCCUCUUUCUCAUGGCUUCAGGAAGGCUAUUGCUGAGAGGCAUGGGAACCUCUGCUUGGAUAAGAUUAACGUCCUUCAUAAACCACCAUACGAACAUCCAAAAGACUUGAAGCUUAGUGAUGGUCGACUGCGUGUAGGAUAUGUGAGUUCUGACUUUGGGAAUCAUCCUACUUCUCACCUUAUGCAGUCUAUUCCAGGCAUGCACAAUCCUGAUAAAUUUGAGGUAUUCUGUUAUGCCCUGAGCCCAGAUGAUGGCACAAACUUCAGAGUGAAAGUUAUGGCAGAAGCCAAUCAUUUCAUUGAUCUUUCUCAGAUUCCAUGCAAUGGAAAAGCAGCUGAUCGCAUCCAUCAGGAUGGUAUACACAUCCUUGUCAAUAUGAAUGGUUAUACCAAGGGUGCUCGAAAUGAACUCUUUGCUCUCAGGCCUGCUCCUAUUCAGGCAAUGUGGCUGGGAUACCCUGGGACCAGUGGUGCGCUUUUCAUGGAUUAUAUCAUCACUGAUCAGGAAACUUCACCAGCUGAAGUUGCUGAGCAGUAUUCUGAGAAACUGGCUUAUAUGCCCCAUACUUUCUUUAUUGGUGAUCAUGCGAAUAUGUUCCCUCACUUGAAGAAAAAAGCUGUCAUCGAUUUUAAGUCCAAUGGCCACAUUUAUGAUAAUCGGAUUGUUCUGAAUGGCAUUGACCUCAAAGCAUUUCUUGAUAGUCUGCCGGAUGUGAAAAUUGUCAAGAUGAAAUGUCCUGACGGAGGAGACAAUGGAGACAGCAGUAAUACAGCUCUUAAUAUGCCCGUUAUUCCUAUGAAUACUAUUGCAGAAGCGGUUAUCGAGAUGAUUAACAGGGGGCAAAUUCAGAUAACAAUUAAUGGAUUCAGUAUUAGCAAUGGACUAGCAACUACCCAGAUCAACAAUAAAGCUGCCACUGGAGAGGAGGUUCCUCGUACCAUUAUUGUUACCACACGUUCUCAGUAUGGGUUACCAGAAGAUGCCAUUGUGUACUGUAAUUUUAAUCAGUUAUACAAAAUUGACCCUUCUACUUUGCAGAUGUGGGCAAAUAUUCUGAAGCGUGUUCCCAAUAGUGUGCUGUGGCUGUUGCGUUUUCCAGCAGUAGGAGAACCUAAUAUUCAACAGUAUGCGCAAAACAUGGGCCUUCCCCAGAACCGUAUCAUUUUUUCACCUGUUGCUCCUAAAGAGGAACAUGUCAGGAGAGGCCAGCUGGCUGAUGUCUGCCUGGACACUCCACUCUGUAAUGGACACACCACGGGGAUGGAUGUCCUCUGGGCAGGAACACCCAUGGUGACUAUGCCAGGAGAAACUCUUGCUUCUCGAGUUGCAGCUUCCCAGCUCACUUGUUUAGGUUGUCUUGAGCUUAUUGCUAAAAAUAGACAAGACUAUGAAGACAUAGCUGUGAAACUGGGAACUGACCUAGAAUACCUGAAGAAAAUUCGUGGCAAAGUCUGGAAGCAGAGAAUAUCCAGCCCUCUGUUCAACACCAAACAAUACACAAUGGAACUAGAGCGGCUCUAUCUACAGAUGUGGGAGCACUAUGCAGCUGGCAACAAACCUGAUCACAUGAUUAAGCCUGUUGAAGUCACUGAGUCGGCCUAAAUAAAGACUGUAUGCACAGGAGAUUACCCCAAUACCUGAGCCUCAACCUUCUGGGGAAAGGGAACUAACUAGAUAUAACAUACUUUUUACUUAUCUGUACGGUAUCAUGUUGCAGAUGGGUGACAAAUGAUAAUAGAAUAGCACAGCCAGACUUGCUUCCUGCAUGAUAGGGAGAGACACAAGAGAUGGGAAACUGCCGUUCCACAAGGAAUCUCCACAGAAUUUUGCAGCAACCAGGUGGUGCAUAGGCCUGGAAGGUCUGAUCUCCCUUGGUCUUCCAUGGGAUGGUUAGUUUGGAGGGGAGAUAGAGAUUGUCCAGCCGUUUUGUGAUUCCAUGGAUUGAUUGAGUCUUCUGAAUUAAUUUUUUUUCUUUAUAUUUUGGGUAUUGGAGCUUUUAAAAACGUUUGGUUUCAGGUAUUUUUAUUCAUGUGAAGUGUAUAUGAUUCUCUUGAGAUAAGGUUUUAAGCUAAAAUGUUGCUCCUUGUUUUAGUUUCUGAACUCUACAGAUUAAUGGGGACUUUGCUGGUGUAGUCUUUUUAUAGGUUUUAUAAACCACUUGAGCCUAUAUCAGUCGUUUUAGUGUCUGACCUAAUGUUUGGAGCUAUCAGUGCAUUGUUGGUUUAGAUGAUGACUCAAAAAUUUUUUCUGGUCCGUUUCCCAUUUCCUUCCCUUCCCUUCCCCAACUUUAAAGUUUCUCCUGUAACUCAGCUAACAGAGCGAAGUCUGAUUUUAAACCUCCCAGAGUGUUUCUCUUAAACACAUCAUCUGGUGCCAAAUGAAAAUUCUUAGGAGUGAUUAUUAAUUAUGCAGGGCAUAGUUGUGGUACUGUCGAUGAUGAUGAUGAUAAUGAUGAUAAUAAUAUAGAUUUUUUUGGGCCUAGUUUUGACCUAUUUCACCAGUGUUUUACCUUUGCCCCUCUAUGCUGCUUCCAAAAGUGAUUAGUGUAUGAUACGAUUUUUACCUUCCUUUCUCAAGUUUUUUUUUUUUUUUAAGUGAGUCUUGUUCUUCCUAUUUCUUUCAGCAGAAAUGAAAUCCCAGGUAAGUAUAAGUAUUCACAUAUUUGAUCAGUAAGUCACAGUUCUCUUCAAUACAUUAAAUAACUUUCAUCAAAAAAACAAAAUAGAGGUAAAAAGCUCUGAAGGACCAGCUGUGUAAAUGAGUAAUUAUUUUUCAGACCUUCUCGGGUAUUAUAUAAUAACUGUCUUCUGGACUUGGUCUUGAAGAGUCUGUAUGGAUCAGCCUCAGUAGUAGCAAACAGCACUGCUACUUGGAGUACAAAUUAGACUUUAGCCCUCCUGGAGCUUGAGUUCUUGGUAUUAAAAACCAUAGGAAUAAAAUUAUUGAAUCACAACAAAGGAUCGAAGGCUUGAGGCUUAAACAAGCCAACAUAUGAAUAUAUGUUUCGUGUUGCUGUACUGUACUUACGCUAUCCAGUAACAGAUAAUUUUUUUGUCUGCUAGUAGUGUUCUAGAUUAUGUCUUUCCAAAGUGCUGAGGCAGUGCAUCUAUUUUGUAGUUGCAGCUGAUGCCUGAAUGUAUCCUAGCUGACAAAUUAUUAAGAACUUGAAUUUCUGAAAGAUUCUUACUGUUAACCAAAAUCUGAGCAAGGAGACUCAAAUGUAAUUCUUGCCAGAAUUACAUGUUAAUGAACUGUGUACCUUUUAACAAUAUAUAAAUCAAGAAACAUCAGUUUAGGGAUUUAAUUUAUUUUUUACCCGAAGGAACUAUCAGUUCAAGGUUGCCAGCAUGGUUGCAGAUAAACUGAUGUUUGAAAUUCACCAAACUACUUAAUGUGGAAUAGGAUAAUAUACUUCCAGUGCCCUCAAGGCUGUGACCUUACAGCCAUUUUACAUAGCACAUCAUUCCUCCUAUAGGGAUGAACUUUUUCCUGGCACGAAAAGUAGCCGCUCUGGUUGAAGCUUUGCUUAUUGUAAUAGGCUUUUGUUUCCAGGUAACAUGUCUGUGGAAGACUUAAUUCUGAAUAGAGAUAUAGAUAUUACUGGAAACUAAUUGUUUUUUCUAUUAUACUCUGCUUUAUCAAAAAAGUAAAACAUUUAAAUUGUGCUACAGAAAUCCAGAUGUUGUCUUGCGAUCUUUAAACAAUAAAUGAAUGAUUUGCCCUUAA